GUGCUGGGAGCACAUGCCCUAUGCGCUCCCAGCACAGAGACCGCUAUGAGCUUUCUGAUCAUGUAACUGCUGUGAGUGCCAAUCAGCCCCAUCAGUGCCACCUGUAAUUGCCUGUCAAUGCCACAUAUCAGUACCUUCAGUGCACAUCAAUGCCACAUAUCAGAGCUGCCUAUCAGUGCCAUAUAUGAGUGCUGCCUUUCAGUGCCCAUCAGUGAUGCCUGUCAAUACCUAUCAGUGCAGCCUAUUAAUGCCCAUCACUGCAGCCUCAUUAGUGCACAUCAGUGAAGGAGAAGAAUUAUCUACAAAAUGUUAUAA